ACAAGUCCAAGUCCAACGUCCAACUUUAGUGCAGGAAAAACAGUGCUCGGUUUUGGGAUUAGUGGGUCGUGGAAUAUAAUACAAGGAUAAAAUGCACCGAGCAAGAGCACUAGUUAACACCGUUAUUGGACCUCCCGGCCAAAAAUUUGCUGCCUGGUUAUUAAUUAAAAAUGCUCCAACUGUAUCCUGCGCCCAAUGUAGACAUUACAAUGUACCUGCUGCAGCCGAAUCAUUUUUAAAUGGAAGUUCCAGUCAAUAUGUGGAAGAUAUGUACAAUGCUUGGCUUGCUGAUCCCUCAAGUGUCCAUGCUUCUUGGGAUUCCUUUUUCCGAAACUCAGCCCAAGGAGGUCCAGGGUACCAAUCUCCACCUUCUCUCGCCCCACUGGGCAAGAAUGAAAUCCCGGCAACCUCUUUAUUAUCCUUAACAGGUGCUUCACCCUCCGCAGUGGGUCCAAUCAACGAGAAAAUUAUUGAUGAUCAUUUAGCUGUUCAAGCCAUCAUCAGAAGUUACCAGAUCCGAGGACAUCACAUUGCAAAACUGGAUCCUCUGGGAAUCAACAGUGCAGAUUUAGAUGACCAAACGCCACAGGAAUUGGUAUACAAAAAUUAUAACUUCGACCACCCAUCCAGAACCUAUUCAGAAGAGCUGAAAAGGCAAGUCCAGCAGUUUAUGCAACAAGAGGCAGAUAUGGACAGGGUAUUCAAACUACCCUCUACCACUUUCAUUGGCGGCAAUGAAAAAGCUUUACCAUUACGUGAAAUUUUACGUAGAUUGGAACUUACAUACUGUAGACAUAUUGGUGUAGAAUUUAUGUUUAUCAAUAGUUUGGAACAGUGCAAUUGGAUUCGUCAACGACUUGAAACACCUGGGGUAACAGACCUCAGUGUUGAUCAAAAGCGACUUAUUUUAGCACGUUUGACUCGUUCCACCGGAUUUGAAUCAUUUUUAGCAAGAAAAUGGUCAUCCGAAAAAAGAUUUGGUCUUGAAGGUUGUGAAAUUUUGAUACCUGCGAUGAAAACUGUAAUUGAUAAAUCCACCGAGUUAGGAGUUGAAAGUAUAGUUAUGGGAAUGCCCCACCGUGGUCGACUUAACGUUUUGGCUAAUGUUUGCAGAAAACCACUUCAUCAAUUGUUUACACAGUUUGCUGGUUUGCAAGCGGCCGAUGAUGGGUCCGGUGAUGUAAAAUAUCACCUGGGAACAUACAUUGAAAGAUUAAAUCGUGUAACCAACAAAAAUAUCAGAUUAGCUGUUGUCGCUAAUCCUUCGCAUCUGGAAACUGUUGAUCCUGUUGUUCAAGGAAAAACAAGAGCUGAACAGUUUUACAGAGGCGAUGGAGAGGGGAAAAAGGUUAUGUCCGUGUUGUUGCAUGGUGAUGCUGCAUUUGCGGGCCAAGGUGUUGUUUUUGAAACAAUGCACUUGUCUGAAUUGCCAGAUUAUACCACUCAUGGCACAGUUCAUAUAGUUGCAAACAACCAAAUUGGUUUUACAACUGAUCCUCGUUUCUCCAGAUCAUCUCCUUAUUGCACAGAUGUCGCCCGUGUUGUAAAUGCUCCAAUCUUCCAUGUUAAUGCCGAUGAUCCCGAAAGUGUGAUCCACGUCUGUAACAUAGCUGCCGAAUGGAGAUCAACUUUCCAUAAAGACGUUGUUAUCGAUUUGGUAUGUUAUCGCAGGAAUGGCCACAAUGAAAUUGAUGAACCUAUGUUCACCCAACCCCUUAUGUAUCGUAAAAUUAAGGCUAUUAAACCUCUCUUACAAAGUUAUUCUGAGCAAUUAAUUAAGGAAGGUAUUGUAAGUGAAGAAGAAGUCAAAGAUGUAAAAGAUAAAUAUGAUAAAAUUUGCGAGGAGGCUUUCGAACGUGCACGUCAAGAGACACACAUAAAAUAUAAGGAUUGGAUUGAUAGUCCAUGGUCUGGUUUCUUUGAAGGCAAGGAUCCUUUAAAAGUUAACCCUACAGGUGUAAACGAGGAAACUUUAGUGCAUAUUGGGAAACGGUUUUCCUCACCACCUCCAAACGCAACCGAAUUUAUUAUUCACAAAGGUAUUGAACGUAUUUUAAAAUCAAGAAUGGAGAUGGUAGAGAACCGAAUAACUGACUGGGCUCUUGGAGAAGCAAUGGCCUUUGGUUCUUUAGUAAAAGAAGGUAUUCACGUUAGAUUAUCCGGACAGGACGUAGAAAGAGGUACAUUCUCUCACAGGCACCACGUUUUGCAUCACCAAACAGUUGAUAAGGCAACUUACCGACCUCUUUGUAAUUUAUACCCUGAUCAGGCCCCUUACACAGUGUGCAACAGUUCACUUUCCGAGUAUGGUGUACUUGGAUUUGAAUUAGGCUAUUCCAUGACUAAUCCUAAUGCUUUAGUAAUUUGGGAGGCUCAGUUCGGUGACUUUGCUAAUACUGCUCAGUGUAUCAUCGAUCAGUUAUUAUCUAGCGGUCAAGCCAAAUGGGUGCGACAAACUGGAUUAACACUCUUCUUACCCCAUGGAAUGGAAGGACAGGGACCAGAACAUUCUAGCGCUCGUCUGGAACGUUUCCUACAGAUGUCGUCUGACGAUCCCGACUAUUUCCCACCGGAAAGCGAUGAUUUUGCAGUACGUCAACUUCACGAUAUCAACUGGAUUGUAGCAAACUGCACAACCCCAGCCAAUUUGUUUCAUGUUCUCAGGAGACAAAUUGCCUUACCAUUUAGGAAACCCCUCAUCCUUAUGACACCCAAGAGUCUCUUGCGUCAUCCAGAGGCAAGGAGCUCCUUUGAUGACAUGAAUGAAGGUACCGAAUUUAAGAGGAUCAUCCCAGAUCAAGGGCCUGCCUCCCAAAAUCCUGAAGGUGUAGAGAAACUUAUCUUCUGCACGGGAAAAGUCUAUUUUGAUGUGUUAGCUGCUAUUAAGGAGAAGAAGUUAGAAUCUAAGAUUGCUCUUGCUCGUGUUGAACAACUCACACCUUUCCCAUUCGAUUUGUUGAAACAAGAAUGUGCCAAGUAUUCCAAUGCUCAGAUCGCCUGGUGUCAGGAGGAACACAAAAAUCAAGGUGGUUGGACCUACGUGGAGCCCAGAUUUGAAACUACCCUUGCUGGACAAAGGGAUAUCGUCUCCACUAAAACUGAGAGUAGAGGUUGGUUCAGUAGACUGUUUGGUAAGGACGAACCUAAACCUCAAUCUAAACAACGUAAUGAAAACGUGCCCGAUGCAAGGGUUGUUAGUUAUGUUGGCCGACCUGUUGCUGCAAGUACCGCUACUGGAAGCAAAGCCCAAUAUCUCAAAGAAUUAGCUGCUUUGCUUGAAGACGCUACCAGGCUUUAAAUUUAUAUUUUGGAAAAGGUAAUAUUGGAACACCUGAAGCCAUCACAGUUCAGUUAAAACCACAAAUUACAUGUUACAGAUCCAUAGCAUAGAAAACAAUCUUAGCGAGUACAAAAGUAUUUAUUGUAUAAUAGAAAUGUCAAUACAGGUAUUUUAAACACUAUUAUAAAUCAUAUUUUAAAUAUGCACUGAUUAAUAUUUAUAUCUCUAAUAGUUAAUGUAAUUAUUGUACAUAGCACUGUUUAGCUUGCGUAAAUAUGAACAUUGGAAAGGUGGUAAAUUAAUUUCAAUCGAAACGACUUUCUGCAACAAGGAUUGUUUUGCGUGUACAUUGAUUUAGUAUUAAUACUUAUUACAGUGUAUAAAGCGAAUGAAAUGUGGUAAUAUGAAGUAUUUUAUUUGUAUUAUUUAUUUAUUGUGUAAGGAUGAAAGUAAUUUGAAUGACAAUUCGUUAUCUAAU